UAUGAACUUCUAGCAGAUGAGGAAGAAGUUGACAAGUUGGCAUGGUCUUUAGCCCCUAAAAUUUUUGGCCAUGAAGCCCUUCUCCAUCUUUUGGUUGGUGCUCCUCAUAGGAAGUUAAAAGACGGAAUGAAGAUUAGAGGAGACCUACAUAUUUGUUUGAUGGAUUAUCCGGGAAAAUUGCAAAAAGUCACAUAUACUCACGUUGCACCAGGAGGUGUGUACACAACGGGUAGAGGAAGCAGUCGAGUUGGUCUAACUGCAGUCGUUCAAAAGGAUCCGGUAACAAAUGAGAUUUUAUCAAUGGUAACGCAAGGACAAUUAUCUAUAAAAUGUAAAUCACUCAUUCCGUGGUUAGAGUCCCCUAUCUAUAAGAUUGUCUACAGCUCACUGGACACUUCUUUAUACUUGGAACAGACUGUUAGCAUUGCAAUAGCAGGGAUCACAACAUCUCUAAUUUCCAGGACUCCAGUCCUUGCUGCUCUGAAUCUUAAGAAUUUGGGAAGUUAUGACUUGCGAAGAACACCAGCCGAAAAUGUCAACUUUCCUCCAGCCCUUUUAUCAAGAUUUGAUCUUCUGGGGUUAAUAUUAGAUAGAGCAGAUAUGGACACUGAUCUUGAGUUGGCUAGACUUAUUGUCUAUGUCCACCAGAACAAAGAAUCUCCUGCUCUUGGUUGGGUGUACUCCCCUCGAACCAUUUGUACUCCUGGCCUAUAUAUCUGCUGCAAGAAAUCUAUCUCCCAGUGUUUGGAGGAGUAUAUAGCUACUGCUUAUUCCAGCAUACGUCAACCA